ACUUUGAACCUUUGGACAGCAACCAAAGACGUUAUCAGUGGCACAUCGACUUGUUCCUCCUGUUGAGAUCUGUGAACAAAAAAUAAUAUCGCUUUGUUUUAAACAUGGAUGAUUUUAAAAGCUGGGGGAUGCUUAGCGCUGAAGAGCUUCGGGAUUACGUGGAGCAAAAUGGAGUUUCCAGAGUUGCCGAAUACGUUACGAGCAAACUUGACGCUUGGAAGAACGUCGUAAUACAAUUUGCAGUAUGUGGUGUUUCAGGAGCUGGAAAAUCUACCUUUAUAAACCGCAUACGAGGGUAAGUACAUCGAUGCACUACGACUGAGGACGCGCUGAGCACGUAACAUUAAAGAAUAAGUCACUUUUGUCAAAUUUAAGGAUCUUGUUGUAUAUUACAUAUUUUAACAGGUCCCGUAAGCACUUUAAUGCAACAAUCAGAGUGCCUCGAACUAUCCUACUGCUGCCAUAGCUGUUCAUUUUAUUGCGACUCAGUCAUUUUAUUUUAAUGUUCAUAAUGAAGAACCUUUUGAAUAACCAAGGAUUUUGACCUUCUGUCCCUCCCAUUCAGUCAAUACGUACAUAACAUUUAAUGAUAACUUCGCUUCGAAAUAAAUAUGUCGUUUUUAUCGAUGUUUUGAUUAUUAUGAUAUUAAACUAAGUGAGAAAAAAGCCUUCUUGUAGACCAAGACUUGAUCAGGAAUAAAACACAAACUGCGGAGCCUGAUCAAGCUCUGUAGGCCCUGGAAACCAAGGAAACAUUUAACAACAUUUUAACUUUAAUUCCUUCGUUAUUUGAUAGACUGGAAGACAUUGAUACUGGUGCAGCAGAAGUCGAUGUCACUGAGUGCACUAAAGAGCCGAAAUGCUACGAUCAUCCCAGCAACCCCAAAAUUAAGUUUUGGGACUUACCAGGGAUAACGAAUCCAUUCUACAAAGGAGAUCUGGAGGAAUACUGCAAAAAUGUACCAUUGGAUGAGUACGAUACCUAUCUGAUCUUUGCCAAAGAUCGACUCACCGCUGACGACUUGAAACUUGCAGAGAGGAUUCGAUCAACUGGUAAGAAGUUUUUCUUCAUUCGGGCAAGAAUUGAUCAAGAUGUUGAAAAUGCGAAGAGAAGCAGAAAACAUUUAUUUGAUGAAGAUGCCACCCUGAAUAAGAUACGAAAGAGCAUUUCGCAAAAUUUGAUUGAAAGAGGCCUGCUCAACGAUGAGAAAGAAAUUUUCUUGAUAAGCAACCACUUUCCUACCAAGUAUCAAUUUGAUGAGCUGACCCAAGCAAUUUUAGCCAUAUUGCCGCAACGACAACGUGAGAGUCUCAUUCUGACCAUUGAUAAUGCCUUAAUUUUGUCAAAAAAUACCCUGAAGGAGAAGGUUAAAGUUCUUAAAGAGCGCAUCAAGUUUGUUGCUACCGCAUCUGCUUUCGCUGCAACUGUUCCAAUUCCCGGGGUAUCCAUUUCGGCCGAUAUCGCGAUGAUACAAAGUGAAAUAAACUUUUACAUAAGCCAGCUUGGUCUCUCACAAGAAGGUUCAAACAGAUUUUCCUUGCUGGUUUCCAACACCCAAACUCAAAUAAAGGCAUUGAGUGCAGUGCUUGGCAGUACCAUGCAAAUUAGCGGGCUUCUUGCAGCCUACGCUACCGAAAGUGUCGUCAAGGAAUUCUCACGCUACAUUCCGAUAAUUGGCACAGCUAUAGGUAGUUCCUUGUCGUUCGGCGCAACAUACUACCUACUAACGAAAUGGUUAGGAGAAAUGGAAGAAAUCGCACUUAAAGCGUUGGAGGAAACAUUGGAAAACGUUCGAUCCCAUUAACUUUGAUGUAUGAUAUGUACCACGUUUUUCUUUUCUGUGCACCAAGCACAGGCCGAAGGCUCAGUGGGAAUCGACUAACUUUGAGUGAACUUACCUUAGUGAUGUUUUUCCUUAUGUAAGAAAAAAUUUUUUCUCACAGAUAUUCAAUAGUAACUCAAUAUUAGAAAUAAAUAGGUAUGCUUAGAAGUACUUCAGUCUUUUUUAACCGGCUUGGAGGCUGACCACAAAGCUGAAUUUUUUCCCCAAUAGUACAUGCACUCAUUAGCUUCUUUGGGGUCUCAUAAAAUCCAACAAUGAAAUGCUUGACUGCAAAAUAUAUUAUGUCAGAGGGUAAAACUUCAAUUUUACCCGUUAAUAUUGAGCGACGACGUUUGACUGUUGCUCGUAAACAGAGUGGAAAUAAGGAUGACGUGAAAUUUUAGCGUUGUAAUAUUUUACGCUCUCAGGGGCUUACACAAAAUUUGCAAAGAAUGUUUUUAAUAAUAGGCCAUUUGCAUCUCCUAAUAUUUUAGUCUGAGAACGAUUAAUUCAACGGGGAAAAAAGGAAAAUAACUAGUCUUUUUGUGGUAUUUGAACGAAUAGAAGAGUUAGUUUAUCGGGUUACAUACAGUGACACGGUUAUGUCACUGUAGUAAUUCCCACACUGGUUCACAGUCAAAGGAUCUGUAAUCGUCUGUAGGAAUAUCAUAAAGGAUACCUCCAUUCUGAAAACAGUUUAAACGUAUUAGGAAAGUAGCAGUCAAUCAUUUUCAAUCCCUUUCUCUCACUGGAGAAUAAAUUGACUGAAGGAUUAAAAUUAGCAAAACUGUUGCUUGAAAUGAUUAGCACAUUUUCAAGCAACACAGAAUUAAAACGAAUUUGUUCAUGGAUAGUGCAUUGUCGGUUUCAUGUGAUGUUAGUUUUGUUACUCGAAGUGAAAGAAGCCUAUGAAGUAUUAUGUUAUGUAAGAAAUUUGUAAGACAAAAAUUAGUUGCUUAGAUCAUAUCCAUUCGAAUUUUGUGACUUCAAGUACAAGUAAAAGUAUUGCGGUAGAAAUUGCUGAUCACUUGCCUGUCUCUAGCCUUGUGUACGAUCCAAAGUGUAGCCCCAUUCCUGACACAAUUAAAGUUGGAGAUUUUAAAAAAUUUGACAAGAUUUCUUUUCAAAAUACGUUAAGAAACGCGAACUGGCUGCCCUUAUAUAAUAGUAGUAAUGCAAAUGAAAGUUUGUCGAGAUUCCUUCACAUUUUUAACAGAAUUAACAAUGGAGAUGCACGUUUGAAAAUAACCAAAAUUAAAAACAAGUCAAAUAAACCCUGGGUAACUGGAUGUUUAAGAAAAGCAAUUAAAAUUCGUAAUCAGCUGUAUAAAAAAUGUCUGACAACCCGUAAACUCCUAUUAUCAUGAUAAACACAAACUUUAUCGUAACAAAAUAGUGGCCAUCAAUAAAAUAUAUCGCGCACGGUAAUAUAAGUAUAUGGUAAUAUACUUAAAGAUUCUACAAAGAAAAUGUGAGAUAACAUUAAUGUGAUUAUAAACAAAAAGAGGCCAUUUUCCAACAUUGAAAAAUUGCAAGUAAACGACCAAAACUUUGAAUAGCCGUUCUCAAUAUCAAAUGCGAUCAACAAGUACUUCUGCAGUGUUCCGGCCAACCUUGCAGCCAAACUGCCCAAAUCAAAUCACCGUUCCUCUUCUUACAUGCACAGGAAAAAAGAAUCGUUUCGGUUUAUUAGAGUGAAUGGAGUGGAGGUCUUCUUAUUAUUAGAGAGUAUUGAUAUUAAGAAAUCGUUUAAUCUUGAUAAAGUUCAUCCUUUGCCAUUAUCUUCUGCCGCACCUAUAGUGAUAGUCCAUUGAUUUAUGUCAUUAAUUUAUCACUUAAGCAAGGCAUUUUUCCAGACAGUUUAAAAGUUGCCAAAGUUAUCCCAGUUUUUAACAGGGCUCUCGCUCCUUAUGUAACAACUAUCGCCCCAUAUCAGUCCUUUCAGCCUUGAGUAAAAUUUUUGAAAGAUGCAUUCUUAAUCAAUUGAUAUUUCAACACGAAAAAUAUUCUUGUAUCGAACCAGUUAGGCUUUAGAGCCGGAAAAACUACAACUGACUGCUUGGUUGACCUAGUAGAUGAUAUAACUAAAGCUAUUGACGAAGAUAGCUAUGCUGUAUCUAUGUUUCUAGACUUAAGCAAAGUCUUUGACAGUUAACCAUUCCAUUUUACUUUCCAAACUUGACCUAUAUGGUAUUCGUGCCAGUGAAAACCAGUGGUUCAAGUCUUACUUAAGCAAACGGAAACAAAAGGUGUUCGUUAAUGGUGUCGAGUCUAAUUUCUACUCACUGAAUUCAGGAGUACCACAAGGGUCAAUAUUAGGGCCAUUCCUCUUUAUAGUUUAUAUGAACGAUAUGGCCAGAGCUACUAAUUACUUUACUGUAAGACUCUGCAGAUGACACAUCUUUAACAGCAGUUGGUAUACGUAGUAAUUUAGAUGUAUUGAUCCAGCGAAUAAAUUCCGAAAUAAGUUAACCCUGAAUUAAAGUCAGAAAAAAUCCCGGUUUUCCAACCACGACAGAGAAAUAAUUACAAGUUAUACCCCCCUUAAAUUAGCCGAUCAUUACCUCACACUGUUAAAUACUUAGGAUUAGUUAUCGAUUCCUUUCUGUCAUAGCAUGAUCAUAUUGAUUAUAUCAGCAGUAAAAUUAGCAAAAGUCUAAACAUAAUCGCAAAACUGAAACGACAUGUAACAGUUCGAUCUCUCGUAAGUGUAUACUAUGCACUUGUGCAUCCUUAUUUAACAUACGUCUGCAUAUUGUGGGGUAAUAAUUACGAAGCUCCAUUGUCUCAGUUGGUAAAGCUACAAAACAAAGCCACAAGAACCAUCAACAAUGUACCAAUUUGUGACCAUGUUACUCCCCAUUAUGUAGGCAUUGGCCUAAUUAAGCUUCCUGACAUAAUUAAAUUGAGUACGUGUCAACUAUUCUACGAUCAUAUUGUAGACAAAAAAUCUUCUAAUUUUGCACUUUCUUUUUUAUCUGAGAUCCAUGAUCAUGCCACUAGAAGUACAUCUUUGCAUCACCUGAACCCUAGCCCCUUCAGAAUAAAUAUAAGGAAAUUCUUUCCAACAGUUAUAGGGUGCUGCUAUUGGAAUGAUAUUCCUAUAUCUCUACGGGAGAAGCCCAUUAAAAAACUUUUUAAAAGAGCACUUUUCUCACAUUACCUUUCCUAGUACUAAUUAAUGUCUUCCUCUGACCAUGUUUUAUUUAAAUAUGUGUUGUUUAAGGUGUGAUUCCUAUUCCCUCUCUUAUAUUUGUAUCUUAUAUUUGUAUCUUAUAUCUGAUUGUACCGCUUCUUUUUACUGUAUGAAAAAAUGUAAUUUAGGGUAAAGGGCAUCUAAUUAGCUUGCUAUAUUAUGCCCUUCUCCAUCCUCUCAUUUUACCUGUAAUUAUUCAUUAGACUCUAAUCUGUUGAAAUGAGGAAA